CAUUGUCUGUCACCCAACAGCUUUCAUUGAACUCGCCUUAAUCCUCAAUAUAUCGAGAGUGCAGAGAAGAUCCCGGCUGGUUACGUUGGAGCAGAUCAGAGAUGGUGACCAAAUUGAGGUUGAUUCGAAAUGGCAACCAAUGCAGAAAAUACAAGCACGCAGCCGUCGCCGCCGGGUUCUUCUUCGUCGCCAUGGCUUUCUUGGUGGUGUACAAGCCCCAGUCACUUGCCGUUCCUAACUUCGGGUUUCGGGCAUCCAUCGCGAAUCCAGAUUCAGGGAGCAAUAUGGUGAACGGAGAAGACGAUCAUGCGAGAAAUUCUCUAGCAUCUGGAAGAAAUGAUGAUAAGGAAGAGGCGUUCUCGGAAAAUUAUUACAUUUCUGACUCAAAAAAGGAAAGUGGGAGAGAAUUUAAAGAUACGAUGUUGAAUCAAGAAACGAUGCACGUUGAACUCCCAAUUGCCUCGAACUCCACUGCUCCCAUGCAAUUAGCUGCCGGAGAAGCCAUUCGAAGGAGGAAGCCACUGUGCGACGUUUCGGACCCGCGCGUCGACAUCUGCGAGAUGAGCGGCGACAUCAGGAUCGCCGGAAACUCUUCUUCUAUCCUAUUUAUUGAGCCCGAGGCGGCGGCGCGGCCGCCGGAGCAAUGGCGAGUCCGCCCUUACCCUCGGAAGGGCGACGACACUUGCCUCGGCGGCGUCAGACAGUUCGCCGUCGUCAGCGCGCGCAGCGACGGCGCCCCGCAGUGCACCGUCGACCACGGCGACGUCCCGGCCGUCGUCUUCUCCGUCGGCGGCUACACCGGCAACCUCUUCCACGACUUCACCGACCUGCUCGUGCCGCUCUUCGUCACCGCUGGCCCCUUUCACGGCAAAAUUCAAUUCGUCGUCGCGGAUUGGAAGAGCUGGUGGAUCAACAAGUACCUCGUCGUCUUCCGUAAAUUGACAAACUACCAGUUGAUGGAUUUGGAGCAGCAGAGUGCCGGGCAAGUGCAUUGCUUCAAACAGGUGGUGGUCGGACUUCGAGCUCACAAGGAGUUCUUGAUCGAUCCUGCCAGAUCGCCCAAUCGCUACACCAUGGUGGAUUUCAAGAGGUUCAUGAGGAUCGCGUUCUCGUUGGAACGAGACGCGCUGAAUAACGCCACCGACGGCGGCCACCUCCCCCCGCGCCGGAAACCGAGACUCAUGCUGAUCGCGAGGAAACAGUCGAGGGCGUUCACCAACGUGCCGGAGAUCGUGGCCAUGGCAGAGGAGCUAGGAUUCGAGGUCAUGGUGGCGGAGGCGGACGCGGGGUCCGACCUGGCGCGCUUCGCGGGGGUGGUGAACUCAUGCGACGUGAUGGUGGGCGUGCACGGUGCCGGGCUCACCAACAUGGUCUUCCUGCCGGCGAACGCCACGGUGGUGCAGGUGGUGCCGUGGGGCGCGCUGGAGUGGCUCGCCAUGCUGGACUUCGGGAACCCGGCGAAGGCGAUGGGGCUCCACUACGUGCAGUACAGCAUCGGGAUCGAGGAGAGCACGCUGAGGGAGAGGUACCCGAGGGGCCAUGCGGUGUUCACCGACCCGAUGUCGUUCCACCGCCGCGGCUUCGCCGUGGUGCGGUCGACGUUCAUGGUGCGGCAGGAUGUGAAGCUGGACGUGAAGAGGUUCCGGGAGCUGCUGGGGAAGGAAGUGGGCCACAUGGUCCAGUAGUUCUUCUUCCAGUCUUUAAUGUUUAUUAAAAUUAAUAAAAUCAUAAACAUUGCAAUUUUCAGUGGAAAA